AUGAAUACGACUGAAAGCCACACAACCUUUGUCGAAGCCGCCGCGAGUCUGGACCACUACUGCGGUGUGGCGAAGUGGGCGCAGGACGCCCCUCCACUGGAUCGCUGCAACGCAAUUGGCCUUCUCGUCGAUGCCACCGCGGCGCAGCACCUCAUCCGGACGAACAACUUGUACGCCAUGGAGACGUUCCUGUGCUCGCUGCUGAAGCGCAACGCGCACGGUCUCAUGGACGCAUCGAUUUACCGCUACUACAACAGCGCCCCGCACUGCCUCGAGGACUACACGGACAGCAUUGAGUGCCUCAUCACGGCCUACGCGGCCGGGGCGUGGCAUGGCGAAUCUGCGGUGAGCGACAGCAACGGAGUUGCAGCGGACCGCACCUUGCCUCCAACAUCGGCCGCGCCCGUGCUGCGAAAUUUGCGUCCCUGCUGGGUGCGAUUGGAAGCUAGCGCCGGCGCUGAGGUGCGGCCACCGCUGCUUUCCGGUACACCUCCGCCAGUGUGGUCGGCGACGCACUCGGGGCCAUCUGCGGCGCUGCCGGCGGUGGACGUGACAGCCAAGAUUCAGCAGGUCUGGCAAGCGCAGUUGCGGAAGACAAUGCCCCCUAUUCAAGCGACAUGGGCAACCGCCACUGCACCACCCAGCCGGCAGCACAGCAUAUCCGCGUCCUUGCACUGUCUCGGCAGCAGCGCCGCUUCCGCAGCAAUGCCACUCACGGACACGAGCACGGGAACGGUGGCCACUUGCGCCUCCACGCUGGCGGGGGAGAAAAACCUCUUUUUCGUGGGGGACGACAGCGCGCUCGCCCCGGCGCCGGUAGCGUCUAACGGUGCGAACCCGAAGACGAGCAAUGACGCAAAGCCCGCAGGGGAUUUUUCAAGUGUGUCGCUGCCGUUGUCGCCUCUCUUGCGCACCGAAGACAUGACUGCAGGGAACACUACUGCCUCGGUCUCGUUCGGGGCGCACAUGUCGGUGGCGUCGCCGCUCUCAGCCAACCCUAUGGCCGCAGCAUCUCCUUCGCCGGAGGUGGCCCUGUCUCGGCAACUUCGCAGCUCCUGUGCGUCGCUGUGCCGCUUCCUAGACGGCUGUGCAUCGCCGUCCACACCGCCGCCGCAAUACCAUCCACAUCAGCAGCGCUCCUCUGCGCACCACCCCCCGGUAGCCACAGUAGGGCAUCGUCUUAAGGUGCUGCGAAAGGUGCUGCACUCCUAUGGUCGAACGGCGCUGGUGCUCAGCGGCGGUUCCUCUAUGGGCACCUACCACGCCGGCGUGGCCCGCGCCCUACACGAGGCGGGUGUGUUGCCUGACAUUCUCUGCGGCUCCUCGGCCGGCUCCAUCAUCGCCGCGAUGAUCUGCACCAAGUCGCCAGACGAGCUUCACGCCUUCAUGCAGUCGCACGUCCUUUCGACCGAGGCGAUGCACAUGUCCCCGUUCGGCGAAGACAGUGACCUUACUGGCAAGCUGAAGCGCUUCUUCAAGACGGGCUUUUUGAUGGAUGUGCGGUCACUGAUGGGGUGCAUGCGGGGUCAAUGUGGAGACAUGACGUUUCUGGAGGCGUACCAGCUCAGUGGAAAGGUGCUGAAUGUGUCCGUGACACGUAGCCAGCAGGAGGGCAUGCCGUCGGAUCGGCACGUGCUGCUCAACUAUGUGACGGCUCCGGAUGUUGUGAUUUGGAGUGCAGUCAGUGCCAGCUGCGCCUUGCCGGGACUCUUCACAGCCGUGCAGCUGAUCGAGAAGCCCGCCCUUGGCGGUGGCACAUUUGCCCCGUACCUGCCAGGAGAGCUGUGGUGCGACGGCAGUAUAGCUCAGGAUAUCCCACGGCGGCUGCUGAUUCAGCUCUUUGGCGUCAACUACCUCAUUGUGAGUCAGGUGAACCCGUACGUGAUUCCGUUUCUGCGGCCCCCCAAGUCGCACCACAUCACCGCAACAAGCGGCUCGUGGCUGCCACGGCUGUGGUUCGCAUGGGUGGACGUGUGCGGAUGGUUGUUGACCGUUCUGUUCAGCAUCCACCUGCUUCCACGUUUCGGCCGCUUUGAAAUGCCCUUUAUGCUGUUUGCGCAGUUCUACAGCGGCGACUUGACCAUCCAGCCGAUCAACUCCGUCAUGAAGGCGGUGCCGGACUACCUGAACUUGGUCAACAAUCCGUCCGCUGACUACAUCAGUUACGUGGCGUCGCGUGCGCAGAGCCGCACGUGGCCACUGGUGACAAGGAUUCGCCUUGCGACGAAUAUUGAGCGCUGCCUUCAGCGUGAGAUACGUGCCUUAGAGGCGAUGGAGCUCAAGGAGCAAACGACGUAA